AUGGGUUCAGUGCUUAACCAACCUGGUAUGUUUGCUGGUAUGGAAUAUAAUAACAGCGAUGAGAUACACACUGGUAGCAAUCUCAGUCAAGGUGAUGAUGACUUGAGUGAUUCCUUGGGGGCUUUAUCUGAUGAGUUGGGGUCGUUCCAUAUUAGUCAACCUACUACGUAUGCUACUAAUGCAACAACAUUGGAUAGUAAGAUUUCGAAACCAUUGAAGGCAUAUCAGACAAACAAUAGUUUUUCGGAGUCUGCGUUUAUUUCUCAAUUCCAUGACGAGAAUGAUAGAGAUAAUGAUAAUGUAGAGUAUGAUAGUUCUGUAUCUCCUUCUUCUGUCCUUUUGAACAAAGAUCUUUCAGAAGAUAUAGUUAGAUUAAACAAUGAUGAUGAUGAUGAUUAUGAUCGUGAGAGCAUUAUGGAAUAUGGAACGGUUAAUCGAAGAGCAAAACAAUCUACCCGAGGAACUACAAUGGAAAUUUCACCUCCUCAGUUUAUACCGUAUAUGAAAUCUCAUAUGAAAUCCACAUCACCCACACAUAGAUUGAAUUUCAGUUACAAUAAUGAUAAUGGGGGGCUCCCACUAAGUUCAGAAGAUCUUGAAGAUAUGGUUGAAAAUGAACAAGAACAAGAACCAGCAGUAUUACGUAAACAUAAAACUGGAAUGAAGGCAAGAGAACCAGAAUCUGCAUUGAUUAUUAAGGAUAUUGGUGAAUUAUCUGGCCAAAUGAUGAAUACAUUCAAGAAGAAGAACGAAUUACAACAGUCCCGAAUAUACCAUGAUGAGACAACAUCAGAUUCUCUAUAUAACGAUUAUAAUAAUGGAAACAAGACAACGAGCAAUAAUAAUGAUGAUGAUGAAGGUGUAAAUGAGUUCACCAAUAGCAGUAUGUUUGAAGAUGAAGAUCCUGCAUUAGCUGCUAAACAAGUCUAUAAUAAUCUAUUGAGAACGCAAGGUUCCAGAUUUGAUAUGAAACGAAAUAUUACAAACCGAACUAUAUCUACCAGAGGUAGUUCCGUCAGUGGUACUAGUCACAAUAAUAACAAAGAAUUGAACCUGAUUACGCCCAGUUCCAUUGGUUACAGAUUCAAACAUUCGAAAGGUAUAUGGGUGCCAGAAGAUGAAUUUCAAAAUGUUUCGAGUAGUCAGAUGGCAGAUACAACUGCUACUACAACUACUAAUACUAGUAAGAUGAAUCAUUCAUCCACAAAGAAUACUACUUCAACUUUUACAAUGGAAGAAGAAGAAGGGACACAGGAUGUUAUACGGGAUAAUAUUGCAAAUUCAACAACUCCUUUGGAUCCACCUCGUGUCGAUCAAGAAACUUUAUUAAAGAGCGUUUUUUCACAAAAUAAUUCUAAUAUGGUGGUUAAUUCACCUAAACAAGAGACAUUAAAUAAUGCAACUAGGCUAAGUGAUAUUCCAGAAAUUUCGUUCAGUAGUAGCAAACAACAAGCUGUAUCAUUGCUGAUGAGUGCCUUGCAGUCUACAGUACCUCAUUCUACAGAUUGGAAACAAGUACAUGACCUAAAAAUAUUACACCAAAGAACGUUGCGUAGUGUUGUAGGGUUGGGUACAUAUACCCCAAAUUUGAUAAAAUUAAAUUUAAGUCAUAACAAAAUUGGAAACGUAGAAGGACUUCCGAUAACACUAAAGGAACUGUGUCUAAGGGAUAAUGAAAUCAACGAUACAUUUUGUACAUUCACAGAUAAUAAUAGAUUACACACUUUAGAUCUGUCUCACAAUUUACUCUCACGUAAUUUACAAAUACUUAAGAGUAGUCACAAUUUAUUAACGGUCAAUGUAAGUCAUAAUAAUAUUGUUUCUCUGGCAGAAUUGGGAGAUUCUAUGAUUCGUUCGUUGGAUGUAUCAUAUAAUAUGCUUAAUGGUAUUAUAGACUUCGAAAAGAUAGUAUUGCAAAACGAUAACCGUCUCGGUGGGUGGCUCACUUUAGAGAGUCUCGAUCUCAGCGGUAACCCCAAAAUUACUGAACUACGUCACAUAGAGAAAUUACCUUGUCUGAAAGUAUUACGUGUCAAUGAUGUCCCAAAUUUGAUGAUCACACAUACGCAAAGCAGUUCACUGCAAGAAUUGGAAAUACUGUGUAGUUAUAAUGGUGCGGAAGAAGAUAAUAAGCAUACGGAUCUGGAUUUGGAAGGGUUUCCAUAUUUGAAAGUAAUUUCUCUAGAUGGUGAGAGACGUCUCAAUUCAGCAAUGCCCUCCACACUACGUUCAGUAACAAUAAUGGGGAACCACAAUAGGGACUAUGAUAAUAAACGUUUCGGUGAUACACUAAGUAAGAUCCCAAGAGAUAUAUCUUCCUUGAAUAUAAUUGAUACUUUCCAGAUGGAUCCAUUAUCUCUGUUUGAACCAACAUAUUUCCGUGGAUUGCAACAGUUGUCUAUCAAAGGUUGUGGUAUUGGGAGUGCAUAUGCAUUAUUAUCACGUUUACCGUGCUCCCAAACUCUGCAGAUAUUGAAUGUCAGUGAUACACCGCUAGUGAAGCGUAAAAUAAAAGCUGUGGUAUCGUCAAUUGAAGGUCGCAAUGAGUUCAAAAAACAACUAACUGGACUUGUACAUUCAACGUGUCCUGCACUUCAACAACUCAUAUUAUAG